CUCGCUGUCGUCAAGGACCACGAGUCAGCGCAUGCGCGCGUGGCGCGCCGUGCAUCAACUUCGGCAUAUGAGAGCGAGCGCGGGUCGCGAGAGGCGGUUAAUGUUGUUUUUAGUUGUUUAAACCGGGGGAAGUCUGAGCGCGAGAUGGACGGGACCGAGGCGAACCUGAGGAACUGUGCGAAAAGUCCGGAGUCUGGAGCGCUGCUGGACCAGGGCCAGAAGCAGAGCGACUCGAAGGACAGAGUGACACUUAAAAAGGAGAUCGGGCUGAUGAGCGCGUGCGCUAUCAUCAUAGGUAACAUCAUUGGUUCAGGUAUCUUCAUCUCGCCAAAGGGGGUUCUGGAACAUGCCGGCAGUGUGGGCUUCUCACUCAUCGUGUGGGUUCUCGGCGGAGGGAUCUGCGCUCUGGGUUCUCUGUGCUACGCUGAACUGGGCGUCACCAUCCCCAAAUCAGGAGGAGAUUACUCUUAUGUGACUGAAAUCUUCGGAGGAUUGGUGGGGUUCUUGUUGCUUUGGAGUGCAGUAUGGAUCAUGUACCCCACCACACUGGCUGUGAUCGCCCUCACCUUCUCAAAUUAUGUUCUACAGCCUGCAUUCCCCAACUGCCUGCCUCCCUACAUCGCCACCCGCCUACUCUCCACCAUCUGCAUCUUGCUGCUGACGUGGGUGAACUGCUCCAGUGUACGUUGGGCCACACGCAUUCAGGAUUUCUUCACCAUCGGCAAACUGCUUGCCCUAGUUCUCAUUAUAGUAGUGGGCUUGGUCCAAAUUUGCAAAGGUCACUAUGAUGCUCUGGAACCACAGACAGCAUUUGAGUUUAUUCGGGAUCCGUCUGUAGGGCAGAUAGCCCUGGCCUUCCUUCAGGCCUCCUUCGCCUUCAGCGGCUGGAACUUCCUCAACUACGUCACAGAGGAGGUGGUGGAGCCACGCAAGAAUCUGCCACGUGCAAUCUACAUCUCCAUUCCUCUGGUCACCUUAGUCUACACACUCACCAACAUCGCCUACUUCUCCUCCAUGUCCCCUGAGGAACUGCUUGCAUCCAACGCUGUUGCCGUGACGUUUGGUCAGAAGUUGUUGGGGAUGUUUUCCUGGGUGAUGCCCAUCUCUGUGGCUCUGUCCACUUUCGGAGGGAUUAACGGCUACUUGUUCACUUCAUCCAGGUUGUGUUUCUCUGGAGCGAGAGAGGGCCAUCUGCCCUACCUUCUGGCUAUGAUCCAUCUGAAGAACUGCACCCCCAUCCCAGCUCUUCUUGUCUGUUGUACUGCGACCAUAGUGAUCCUCUGUAUUGGUGAGACUCAUAACCUGAUCAACUAUGUGUCUUUUAUAAACUACCUCUCAUACGGAGUCACCAUCGCUGGGCUGCUGUACUACCGCUGGAAGAAACCCAAACUCGUCAGACCCAUUAAGGUGAAUUUACUAGUUCCUAUCAGUUACCUGAUAUUUUGGGCAGUGUUGCUGGGGUUCAGUCUGUACUCUGAGCCUGUGGUGUGCGGGAUGGGCCUCGUCAUCAUGCUCACAGGAGUGCCUAUCUACUUCAUUGGAGUUCAUUGGUCAGAGAAGCCACGUUGGAUUUACAGCGCAGUGGAGUAUGUGACGUAUGUGGGUCAGAAGGUGUGUUACGUGGUGUUCCCUCAGGAUGACCCUUCUGAGACAGAACCUCUCACAGAGAAAACGGAGAAGUCGGAGCUCUGAGCAUCAAAUGUUCCAGGGAAUAUUUUCCCAUCCUUUUAUUUCUUUGAUUUUGUUUUUUUAAUCUUCCGUUAAGUGUUUUCUGCAGUUGAGGAGGUGGCUUCCUCAACAGUGCUCUAGGUUCCAGUUUUAUCCAAGCGCUCGAGUGAAGCCCUGGCAGAGGAGGUGCAUUUUGUUGGUUUAUUAUCCCACUCUUUCUCCUCCUCCUCUGUCAGAAAGCGUAAAAGGAACCCUUUGUGCUUUCAAAGGAACUGGUUUGCACCAACCUCCUCUCUUUGCUGCCUUGAGGUUUAUCCGUUUUGUGAAAAAAUAUUGCUAUGCAUGUAUCCUCUCGUGCCUACAGGAUCGUUUUUCUUUGGUUUCAUUUUUCUUCGUUAACAUGAGCGGAUCCUUAAUCUCCCAUGGUCUGUAUGUAUGUGUGUGAGUGUGAUUGUGAAGAAGAAAUAGUGCAGAUUUUAUUCUUCAGUAUUCAAUUCCUGCACUUAUAAAAAUAAAGGUGCCAAAAGUGGUUCUUCUAUGACAUUAAACACAAAGGACUCAACAUGGUUCUGUAUGUACCCUUUAACAUUUGCCAGAGGAGCAUACUCAACCGCCAAAGCAAGGACCAAUUGGGAACCUUUAUUUUUAAUAGUGUAUGCAGUGUAAUUGCCGGUGAUACCAGAUGAUGUUUGCACAUAUAGAUUUACUGUAUAUCAGGUGUCCUUAAAACCAGCUUGUCUGGCAGAGAACACUAAAGGCUGAUUCACACUGACUACACAUUUAUUGGAUGUUAAAAACAGAUCAAAUCUGAUGUUUUGCCUUGUUACGUAUGUCAUUAUACAGAUGUUUAGCUCUGUUUUGGAAUAUAAUUUCUUUAAACUCUGCAGUUUUAUAGUCAGUGUGUUGAUCAGAGUAUAAGCUUUUCUCGAAUGCUGCUGCGGCUUCAGGCUCAUUUGUUUGGUCCGCAGACACGGCGACAGAUCUACGCUGCUCAGCUUGGAUUUAAUGCAUCUGACACGGCAGAAAAUGUAACUGAUUUGAUCUCUCUGAUUUAAAAAUUGAUGCAGUCUGUCACUUAUGGGUUCAGACUAAAAGGCAUCAUUAAUAUCAUUAAUAUAUGUGUGUUUAUAUGUGAGUUUUUUACAUCCUUAAAAAUCGUAUGCGGUGUGAAAAGGCCUUUACUCUUGCCAUGCAAUUAAAUGCUAGUGAAUGCUGUACCAAGAUUUCUAUAACUCCUUUUUAUAAAAAAAAUAUUAAAUAUACUGUAACAUGUAUCAGUCAGCCAUAACAUUAAAACCAUUGACUGGAAAAGUGUAUAACAGGGGUGUACAAACUUUUUUUGUUGAUGGCCAGAAGGAGAAAUAUAUUUGAAGUCACGGGCCACAGACUCUGUAAUAAAACAAAUAAUGAAAUAUACCACUUUAAAUAAUACAUUUUUCUGAUUACUUUCAUUUACACACCAUUUUACUUGACUUACUAUCUUUAUCUAUCUUUGACAGUGUUGUGUAAACUAAGAUUUUUCAAAUAGAUGUUUCAUUUCGUGAUGUCUCUUAAUAUUAAACUCCUUAAUUACGGCAACUCUUUUGCCCUUUAUCUGCGCUACAACUGCGCACUCUCUCCGCUUUUAGACUCUUUGGCCCGUUUUUCUGCGCUUCAAAUGCACAUCCUCUCUGCUUUUAGACUCUUUGGUCUGUUUUUCUGCCCUACAACUGAGCACCCUCUCCGCUUUUAGACUCUUUGGCCCGUUUGUCUGUGCUACAACUGAGCACCCUCUCCGCUUUUAGACUCUUUGGCCUGUUUUUCUUUGCUACAACUGAGCACUUUCUCCGCUUUUAGACUCUUUGGUCUGUUUUUCUGCGCUACAACUGAGCACUCUCUCCGCUUUUAGACUCUUUGGCCCGUUUGUCUGCGCUACAACUGAGCACUCUCGCCGCUUUUAGACUCUUUGGUCUGUUUUUCUGCGCUACAACUGAGCACUCUCUCCGCUUUUAGACUCUUUGGCCCGUUUUUCUGCGCUACAACUGAGCACUCUCGCCGCUUUUAGACUCUUUGGCCCGUUUCUGACACCUAGCGUUCAAACGUUAAAAUCUCACAUUAUAAAAACCUGCUUAACAGCGGGCCAACUUUCAUUCGAUUUCUAAAAUACCUUUUUUCCCCAAAAAAGGAAACGGGCCGUGGUGUAUAACAUUGAUCAUCAGGUUAAAAGUGGUAGUAUAUACAUUUUGGGCAUUUAGUAGUGGAUUCUGCGUUGAAAGCAGAUCGCCAAAACAUCAGGCAGAUCUUGUGGGGUUUCCUAGUGUGCAGAGGUCAGUUUAUAUCACGAAAGGUCCAAGAAGGCUUAAGAUACAAGUGCUGGGUGUUAAUCUACACAGAUUUCUCUCCUGAAAACUGUUUGUUUGGGUGAGUAAAGCACUUCAGUUUAUUUACAGUAAGCUUAGAUUUACAGUAUAUAAUAGCAGCAGUGCCAGACGCAGUUAGCACCGCUUAGUUCUUAUGCUGUGGUUAGCAGCUAAUGCUAAUACUGCUGCAGCCUCAGUGCUGGAGAAAAUUCGCUGUAACUCCUGUAUAACACUGUACUUCAGCAGAGUGGCUUUACUGCUCCUUAUAACCUGACUGGUAGAAUUCAUACAUAAGGUGCACCAGAUUUUUGGAAAUUAAAGGAUUUUAAGUGUGACUUAUAGUCUGAAAAAUAAGUUUUUUGUAAAAAAAAAAAUAA